UCCGACAUUCGCCUUUGUUUUGAUUCGGUAAUCAGCAAUUAUCAGAAGCUGUUCGUGCGCUAAUACUCCAAGUGUGCAAAUUUCUUGGUCACGUUUCUCCGCCAAUGGCCCUUUCGUGGAUACGUACGGCCAAACCAAAGCAUCUCCUAACCGUCGCACUCAAACAACCCGCCGCUUGCCGCACGUUCCAAAUGACGGCACGACAGCGCUCGGAGAAGGCCCUAGAGCAGAUGAAGGAGACCAAUCCGUACUUCGAGAAGUACGCAAGCAAAAUUGCCGCUGCGCAGCAAAGUUCACCCGAACAAUUCCUAGCGCGGCUUGAGAGUGUGGAGAAGGACAAGCCCAAGUCGGGCCCAUUGGAAGAAAAGCGGGACUAUUCGGAAUUGCUAAACCCGAAAGCACCGCUGCGCGAAGGCAAAUCUAGUGAAGAUGCAGUGCAUAGGAAAUUGAGCGAUAUAAUGAAGAUAGAUCUCGUCGAACAACGCACCGCAGAGGAAAUCAAGGAGAUUUGGUUGAAGUAUCAUAUCGGAAAAGAGGUUGUAUGCGCUGUAAUACCUGUGGAUCAGUACGAUUUGAUGAUGGAACGGGCUAAGAAGUAUCCGAUGUUUAUUUUACCGAUUCCUAGGAGCCAGGGAUAUGAAUUUAUUGUGUUGCAAUUUUUCGCCAAUACCGUUCAUUUCACCCCGCUGAUCAAUUACCAGGUCCAUAACGUAAAUGCACCAGAAUGUUUGAAUCUGGCAUUGUACACGGAGCUGCGCGAUAAAGGGAUCAUACUGAUGCGAGGAGAGUACGAUCCCAAAGUGAUAGGGGGCCAGGAAGCUCAAUGUUUAGUCAACCAGUUGCAGAUGUUCUACAGUCAGCAAAACGAAAUGAAGCUGGCUCUACUGGAAACAUUUACAAAUAAUCCGGAUAAAUUUAAACACAUGGAUGUGAUAGAGGAGUUGAACAACUUGAAAAUUGGCGCUUGAGCGGAUCACAUUUUAUUGUCGACUAGGAAAAUAUAUCCCGAAAACCAA